GGGAGCGCGCAGAAGAAACUCGUUGGCAAAGAUGGUGAAACGUGGGGAGCUUGUCGUGUACUUUUAACUCCCUGAUGUCUAAAUUUUCAGUGAGCAACAGCUCGUACAUAGGUGAACAUGUUAGCGAGUAAUUAUUCCUCGUGACUGACAAAUAGGAAUAAUAAGCGCUCGUCGAUUUAUCGUGGCGAAUCACACGGAGGUCUCUCGUGGGCGAGAAGGUAAGGAAACAAAGCGGGAUGUGCUUUGUUUAUGGAGAUCAGCUGUGCUCCAAAACACUCGAGUUACCCUUCCUGCUUCGCGCACUGUCGCGAUCAGCGGCCGAUGCUGCUAUUUUCGUCUGAUAAAGGUCAGCCGAAUACGGGGACAAAGCGACGAGCGUUGCAACCUACGACGGCGCGUCACGCUGUCGUUCAUUCAGAGAAUCCGAUGUGCAUAGUAGGAGCAUGCACGUUCGUUGCUGAAUAUUAUAUUCGAGAAAGAGAUGGAAGUAUGCUUGCAGAACAACUAUCAACCGGUAGCUGAAAAAAGUGAAUGACAUGAAAGGAUGAAACGAGAUACUGUUAUUACCUGUGUGGAGCCAAAUCGACGAGCGCAAACGGUAACUCUUGAUGAAGCAAAACAUAUGACGACGGUCCUGGACUGUAGUUACCAACGUAUGGAUCCUUAUGGGAGACAUGAGGGAGAUGCAGACGAUGAGGACGAACGUGAAGAGACGCCACAGGACAUGAUAAUCCACAUGGUGGAAGGGAACAAAGCACGAUGGAAUCACAUCGAGGAUUUGGAUUCAUUCUUCACACGGAUGUACCACUAUCACCAGAAGCAUGGCUUUGCGUGCAUGAUGUUCCAAGAAAUUUCUGAAUUAACACGAUUCAUUUUUGUAGUCGCAUUCACGGCUUUCCUCUUCCAUUGUGUGGAUUACUCCGUACUAUUCAAAGAUAGAGUUGCUAAUAGUACUACGUCCAAAACUAUAAUAACAGACGCCAUAUUGUCCUCGAGCGAGUGCACGGCGUCAAUGCAUCUAAUUACUUGGAUCUGCAUUCUGGUCGCAGCUAUGUUCUGGAUCUUGCGUUUCUUCAUAUUUCUGUACCACUUGACACAAUUCUGGGAUAUGAAACAGUUCUUCAACACAGAGCUUAAGAUUGAUGAUAGAGAUCUAGACAAUUUAACUUGGCACGAAGUCCAGAAGCGAGUGAUAGAGGUACAAAAGGUUCAGGAGAUGUGCAUACACAAGAAGGAUCUUACUGAGUUAGAUAUAUACCACAGGAUAUUAAGAUUUAAGAAUUACAUGGUAGCUAUGAUCAACAAAUCCAUCUUACCUGUACGGUUGAAAGUCCCCAUUAUAGGAGAUAUUAUUUUCAUGACGCGAGGACUAAAGUACAAUAUGGAAUUAUUGUUAUUCUGGGGACCAUGGUCACCGUUUGAAAACAACUGGCACUUAAAAGAAGACUAUAAGAAGUUAAACAAAAGACAAGAACUCGCGCGGUUAUUGUCCAAACACAUCCUGUGGGUCGGUGUAACAAAUUUCGUCUUAUGUCCUCUUAUUCUCCUAUGGCAAAUUCUUUAUUCGUUCUUUAAUUACGGUGAGCUUAUCAAAAGAGAACCGGGUACUUUGGGUACUAGGACGUGGUCUCUGUAUGGUCGUCUGUAUCUGCGUCACUUCAACGAACUCGACCACGAAUUGAACGCACGUCUGAAUCGCGCAUACCGUCCCGCUUCUAAGUACAUGAGUAGCUUCACAUCUCCGAUAAUGACGGUUUUUGCGAAGAACGUUGUGUUCAUCGCCGGUAGCGUACUAAUGGUAUUGGUGUCUCUAACGUUGUACAACGAUGCUGUUCUGACGGUGGAACACAUAAUAACGAUCAUAACUAUCCUGGGCGGAUUAGUAGCUUGCGCGAGGACGUUUAUACCGGAUGAAAAUCUCGUCUGGUGCCCGGAGACUCUUUUAACCGCUGUCUUGGCGCACACACAUUAUAGACCGGACAGUUGGAGAGGUUACGCUCAUACGCAGAGUACUAGGUCGCAAAUGGCGCAGUUAUUUCAAUACCGCGCGGUGCACCUUUUGGAAGAACUGCUGUCUCCCUUGUUGACGCCAUAUAUACUGUGCUUCCAUAUGAGACACCGAGCCUUGGAAAUCGUAGACUUCUACCGUAACUUCACUAUCGAGGUCGCCGGGGUGGGUGACGUCUGCAGCUUCGCCCAGAUGGACGUGCGUAGACACGGUAAUCCCAUGUGGCAGACCGUGGCGCACAGUCCCACAGUUUCUCCGCUACCUACGGAGGACCACAGCGCGGGAUAUGACAAUCGGUAUUGCGUCGAUCCUGAGAAACUUCACGUGCCGAUGUCCAAUCACUACACUCAAGCAGAGGACGGCAAGACCGAGUUGUCUCUUAUACACUUCACACUCACUAAUCCGGAGUGGAAGCCGCCGAGUUACGCGGAGAAUUUCGUGGUUGCUUUAAAGGAAAGAGCCAAAAAGGAAGUAAACGCAGUUCCCGAUAACAAUCCUCUCAUAGCUAGCUUAAACAGCUUGUCUGGUCUAGGACCUGGUUAUAACAACAUUGUAUCCAGUAUCAUGCGCAGUACAGCGGUAAAUCAAGCGAGCGUACCCAGCAUGAGUAACAUUUUCAGCAAUCAGCCAGGUACGUCGGGCGCGUCAGCGGGCGUCGAUCAGUCACUCAGCACUAGGUCCGACAUUUUGUCGUGCGCGGUACAUCAUGGUUUGAGGAGAGCAGAAGGACCGCUGCACAACGAGAGAGGAUUCUUGUAUGGUUUGCAACAGGUAAUAUCGAAUCAGUCUCUGGGUGCUUCGGUGUUCGAGCCGGGUCAUGAAGUAUCCACGGAUCUAUCUGUACCUACGGAGUUAACCGCUGCCGACAUGUCAUUGUCUACAUUGUACCUGCACGAGCUUCAUCACAGACAAGUAAGAAGACGCGGUUAUCAAGAAAUUGCAACGAGAAAUAUAUGGCCGCGUAGUCCGGCACAGGAGCUAGCGACGCUUCCCGAGGUUCGACAAGAGAGGAUACCGCUGUUGUCGCAUCAAGAUUCUUCUCUUAGACGGAACCAACAGUCCUAACGUCGUCACGCCUGAAAGUUCGUUUAGAUAGAAUCUAAAUGAUUCGCGCAAUGAUUAUCAUUUCGGAAUAAAGCAUUUUCAUCUUUGUCACGUCGAAUCCAUGAUUUAUUUUAAUAGUAAUAAUAAUUAAAUAGUCGCAAGUAUGCCCGAGAGUAAAGUCGUCCCAGCGCUCUCGGCAUUAUAGAUGUUAUUACGUCUUCGAAAUAUUUAAUAUUACAUACAUACAUAUACACACAGAGAGAACGCAUGCUUUUCUUUUCGUUCUCUCUCAUUUUCUCUGCGUGUGGCCAACGAUCAACGAUAACGCCUAUUUCUAACAUCAAAGGCCUACCUGAAAGCUUACAUUUUAUACGUAAAGUAUCCAUACUUAACGUUACUGCAUUUUAUGUCAUUUUGUGUUUUCAAUAUAAUUGCGCAGGCUCUACAUACGGCGACAAUUGAUCGAUUUACCUCGCCGAGGUACGUUGUACAACAAAUACCGCAUAUGUCAAAAAAUGAAAAUAACGUCGAAUAAUGAUUAGCAUAUUCCAAAUGUACAUGAUUUGGAUGUGUGAGAACUAGCAUAAUUUUUUUAUAAAGUUAAAAGAAAACUCACACAAGAAGAUAUUUUUACGUUUAAUAGACAUCGAGUAUAAAGAGUAUUUGUACAUUCUACCUUUUUUAGAAUGAGAUCUUAUACAAAAAAAUGUUACUACGAUGUAUCUUUUCCUAGUAUAUUAAAUGUUAUUUGAAUUAUUAAUACAAUAUAUAUUAAUAAUUCCAAUAAAUUUAAUAUGUUAUGAAGAAAAUAUAUAAUAUAUAUUAAUAUAUAUAUAUUAAUAUAUAUAUAUUAAUAUGAUGGAUUAAUGGAUAAGAUGACUUGUACAAAUACUUUUUCUCUUAACAAUUAUACAUUUUAAUCACCUUCCAAUGCCACGAUUCUCUAGUCAUACGAAAUUAUUAUCGCGCCGUAGUGUACUUGUCUCUUUAGGUAAAGUGGUUCUAUUUAUUUUUAAUGUUUUAUUUUUAGCUACUUUAUAUACAACGGCGGCUGAACUUUUAUGGCUAGGGUAAUUCGUAGAAUCACUUGUACAUAAAAUCGCGAUAUUUUCACUAAUGCCGCGAUAGGAAGUAACGGUUAAAAGACGAAGAGAGCAGCGUCUCAUCCUUCGGCGUACAGCAGGUUAUCAAGUACGAAAUAGACCUAAGACAAAUUUAGAUUACUCUCUACUCAUUCUUUGUUUGUGUACGAACUUUUAGUAACUUAAUACGAAAUCGAUUUUAUGAUGAAUUGACGUGUUAAGCAAAUAAUAUUACAGAAGAAAUGCGUUUUGCUAAAUCUUAUAUCGAUGUGAUUCUCGCGACACGGGAAAUUAGUGCUGUAAGGAGCAUCUGUAAUUAUCAUUAUGAUACAAAUAAAUACAUUUCGUAAUAAA